AUGCCGCAACCUGGCGGAUACGACAGCACUGAUUGGCGGUCAGAUGAAAGAGAGGCACAGCAAUACGAGGCCACCUCUUCUUUAUAUAGAGGCACAAUCGCAUCGGUCGGCGUCUCGAUUUCUCGAAAUCAGAAUCAGUCCUCUACACACUCUCAAAAUAACAAGUCUCACAUUAUCUCAAUUGCCGGCGCAGUCGCCAACAUCCUAUAUUACUGCGAACACGGCAUAACCCGGAAAUCAGUCAUCGAAUACUUGACAGCCAAGCACCCAGAAAUGGCUAGCGCACCUAAAAAAGACAAGGACAUCCCGUCCUGCUUCAGCGAUACCCAUGGUGUGGUUACGACCACCAUGAAUGACCUGCCAGGCUAUAAAAUUCAGAAAGUCCUCGGCACCGUCUACGGCCUCACCGUGCGAUCGCGAAACUGGGGCGCCGACAUUGGUGGGGCCUUGCGAACCGCGGUUGGUGGUGAGAUUCGGAUCUUCACCAAUUUAAUGUACCAGUCGCGGGAAGAGGCGAUGGAGCGGUUGGUGGGUGAGUGCAUGAGCCGUGGGGGCAAUGCAAUUAUCGCGGUUCGCUUCGAUGUCGCGAGCUUCGGGUCAUGCUCACAGAUCUGUGCAUAUGGCACAGCUUGUCUGGUGGAGCCGAUUGGAGAGAAUUGA